AUGCUUAAAAUUGAAUUUGAACUUAAAGAAAUAAAAGGAUCUGGAUGGACAUUUUUAAGUACUAAAUUUUUGACAAUAAGUAUAAAUGAAUAUAAGCCAUUAACAGGAUCAUCUUACAUAGAACUUCCAAAGUGGAUUCAAAGUAAAAAAGCAGUUAUCAAUGUUAAAAAUGAUGAUCAAGAAUGUUUUAAAUGGGCUAUAUUAUCAUUUGAAAAUAAAUUAAACUUUAGAGGUAUAUCUUUCCCAACAUCAAUUAAUCAAAUAAGUAAAUAUGAAGAACAAAAUGACUUGGUUAUAAAUGUUUAUCAU